GUUGAAGUGCAGAAAGGAGCUCGCGGCUGGUUGGGAUCGAAGCGCGCUCAGCACUUGGAGCAGCUAUGCAGCGCUUGAGCCGCGCUUGAGCCGCCUGCGCCUCUGCGGGCAUCGGUCCGGGCUCGAGAUCGCGGGCGAGGCAGCCUUUCUGGGGACGACGAUGAUCCCGGAGCGGAGCGAAGUCGCUUGGAGUCCCGCAGGUAAAGACAAAGAAUCCUUUGAAGCUCUGUAUAAGGAAGGCAGUUUGCUGGGCAAGGGGGGCUUCGGGAUGGUCUACGCUGGACACAGGAUUGCUGAUGGACUGCAGGUUGCAAUCAAGCAUGUUGCCAGGAAUAAAGUUUCACACUGGGCAGAGCUGCCGAAUGGGGCGGUGGUGCCUCUGGAAGUGGCGCUGAUGAAGCUUGUGUGCUCAGGAUCUGGCCACCGUGGCGUGAUUCGCCUCCUGGACUGGUGUGAAGGCCCCGAAGGCUUUUUCCUCAUCUUGGAGAGGCCCGAGAACUGCCAGGAUCUCUUUGACUAUGUGACUGAGCAGGGCCCGCUCCCCGAGAAGCUCUGCCGCCAGUUCUUCCGCCAGGUGGUGGAAGCCGCUCGCCACUGCCACGAAAAGGGGGUGGUGCAUCGCGAUAUCAAGGACGAGAACAUCCUGGUGGAUUUGCGCACCGGCAACCUCAAGCUGAUUGACUUUGGUUCCGGGGCUUUGCUGAGGGAUUCUGCCUACACAGAGUUUGAUGGUACCCGCGUGUACAGCCCACCAGAGUGGGUGGAAUCCCAUCAGUACCAUGCCCUGCCGGCCACUGUCUGGUCAUUGGGGAUCCUGCUCUAUGACAUGGUGUGCGGUGAUAUCCCCUUUGAACGGGACGAGGAGAUUCUGUCUGCAAAGGUGGAGUUCCGCACCCCUGUCUCUGCUGACUGCCAAGAUCUAAUCCGGUGGUGCUUAUCUCUGGAACCUUCUGAACGGCCUACGCUGGAACAAGUGCUGUCGCACUCCUGGCUAAAGCUCGACCCUCUUCUUCAGCCUGAAGAACUGCAGAGCCUAGCAAGCCCUCGGGCCACAGUUUGCAACAGCAGCGGCUGAGAGACUUAAAACCUCUUCUCUCCUCCCCCUCUGCGAUGGGGAGGUGGUGGUGCUAAUUUGCUACCGCUGAACCUCAAUGCAGCCAAGCUUGGUCAUUGGCUGAGAAAGAGUUAACCUGGUUCUACAGGUGUGUGUGUGUGUAUGUGUGUGUGUUUAAAGAGUUUCCCUCUUGUCUAGAGCCGGAACUUGGUAGAGAAUUCAGAUGUCGGAGUGCAAAGUCCCCCUCAACUGCCCAAAGGAUGUUUGAAUUCUGGGCCUGCCCAGCAAUCAGACAUAAUUGUACGUGUAAAUACUUGUGUAUUGCAAUUUUUCAGCCUUUCGGAAGAAAAGGAUUCUGGGGUAGGUUUUUGCUGCCCUAUCGUGUGUGUGUGUGUGUGUGUGCACGCUGAUUUUUAAAAAGGAAAUGUUUGCAGAUAAAUUCCACUCAAUGAAAACUGAAUGGAAAUCUAUUUAAUAAAAAUUAUUUUGUGAAAGUGAAUCCUCGCUCAGUUCAGGUGAAGGGCUGUUUUGUCUGACCGCAUUUACAUAUGGGAGGCUCGCAACGUCUGUAAUGUGGAAGUCAAACCAUACAUCAGAUUUCUCUCCCUAAAGUCUAUCCUGCAUUUAACACUCAGGUGUCACAAAUGCGAAACAAAGGCUUGGAUGUGCCUGUCUUAAUUCCAACAGGGUUGGACCAUGACCCACCAUAACUGCGUUAGUCUCUUAGAGGUAUCAUAAUUGUUCUGGAGACAAAACUCCUUUGACUUCUUGUUCUACAAUUGACCUUGCAAUGAAGACUGAGAAGGUGGUUGUUGUAAAAUUUAAGCUGGUUCCUUUGAACCCAGAGAAAUGGAUCUUGACCCAAGGAGAGCUCAAGGAUCCAGGCAAGCAGACGAAUUUAAGCGUCUCCUGCCCACCAAAUAACAGAGACCAAACCAGGACGUACGAAGCAAGGCACUUUUAUUUUUGCUGUUGCAACAGGGUCCUUCCUCUCACACAGGAGAACAAGGAAGGAACCCCAAACAAAGAUGUCUUGCCCUUAAAAAGAGAUUUGAAAUUGGUUUCAGCCCACCCCCCAGAAGCAUCAUCCAUAUGUCACAGAAGGGGUGUAGCCCAAGACCCCCCCUCCCUAGAUUCAUCAUAGGCACAUCAUGAACGGGGAGGUCUGGUGGCAGUAAUCUGAGCAUCCUGGACCCUGCCCCCAAAACCUAAUCAACAAAAUUGAGAGAUAUUUACAUUUCCCUGUUUCCCAGCCAAGUUAAUCACACCCUUUUGUCUGGCACUCAGGUAUCAGGAUGCCAGGGUUAUCAUUUUAAUUCCUGAGACAAUGAGAAGGUUCCCCCCCCCUUCUUCCUUGCAGAGGAAUGCCAGGUCUGAGAGAGUCAAAAUGGUGUCAGUCAGGCCUGUCUUCCUGUGCUGCUUCAGACAUGUUUCUGUACAUUCAUGUACAUGUUUUAUGAACAAUUAUUAUAUAUAUAUAUAUAUGACCUCAAAAUUCUUAUAACAUGGUUGAUAUGCCAAAACAGUAUUCCACUAUUACAGCACCUGAAACUUCUAUACAGUAUAUUAAUAAAAUGUAGGGUUGUCCGGAAUUUCCCAGACAUGGCUGGGAUUUGAGCGGCGAAAAUAGCGUCUUGGGGGGGGGGGAUUUUGGAAACUUGGCAAAAUGUCUGGGUUUUUACCAACAGAAGCAGGAAGUGCCUUUUUUUUGGAGGUGAACAAAGCUCAACAACUUUUCUGUCCGGAAUUUUACUUCUUGAAAUAAUGGCAACCCUAAUUAAAAUGAAGCCUAUUGGUCCAAACUCUCAAAGCUGGCAUGAAGUGGGGAUGAUGGGGGAAGCUUUUUGUCUAUACAGGUCAGAGUUUUUUGAGGUCUUGCAGGCCAAAUUUGACCAAUGGACAUGAAGUGAUGUCACGUGAUUUCUCCAGAAUAUGGUGGUUUUAUGGUGCACAUCUUGAGCAAAUUAAAUGGUCAAAGCAGCAGCUGCCAGUAGAAGAAUUAUAAGUGAUUCACAUAUUA